CCCGCUCGCGUGCAACGUGCGACACGGCAACAUCAGUGACGGCGACGGCAGUGAUCAGUGUGAUGUGACAUUGCUUUACAUCACCACCUCGUGCACUCUACGUAUGUUUGGCGCGCAGCGUGAAGUUUACGUACGACGCAGUAGGCUAGGCCACCAGCCACGUCAAGCCCGUGUGCGGGGACCAGGGCCAAUCAAAAAAAAACAAGUAGAUCAGGCAGGUGAUAAUCUGCAACCAUUCGCAACGUGCACGUGGUGGUGACGAGCCCGAGGUCAGCCAAGUCGACGAAACAUGGCAGCUAAAAUGCAGCCCCCAUUUGAGCCACCGAGCUCGGCGAGCUCCGAAAGCGACGACGGCGACGCGUGCUUGGACGAUCGUGAGAUAUUCCUCGCCGAUGAGAUGUGCGAGGAUGCCGAGCAUUACAGGCACUCUGACGUAGGCACGCCACAAUCCCCACGACCACCGUCCACAGGUUCACAAAAGUCACCACGAUCACGAAGGCAGCGCACUACUAGCAUGUCACAAUCAAGUAAGAAGACAUCUGCAGAAUCUAUCCUCAGGAGUAAAACGCGAACUAUUUAUACAGCUGGUAGACCUCCUUGGUAUAAUUCAGCUGGUCAACAAGUAGAACCAUUUGUAAUUGGUAUUUGUGGUGGCAGCGCCUCGGGAAAAACCACAGUGGCAACUAAAAUCAUAGAAUCUCUAGAUGUACCAUGGGUGACCCUCCUCAGUAUGGAUUCCUUUUAUAAAGUAUUAAACGAGAAGCAGCAUGAGAUGGCUGCACACAACGAGUAUAAUUUUGAUCAUCCUGAUGCAUUCGAUUUUGAACUUCUCAAGACUACGUUGCAGCGUUUAAAGGAAGGACGCAUGGUAGAAGUUCCUAUUUAUAAUUUUGUAACACAUCGUAGAGAAAGUAGAACGAAAACCAUGUAUGGUGCCAACGUCAUUAUUUUUGAGGGAAUACUUACUUUUUACAACGUCGACGUCUUGAAGCUGUGCGAUAUGAAAGUUUUCGUCGAUACUGAUGCGGACGUCAGACUGGCCAGGCGUUUACGAAGAGAUAUUUCACAAAGAGGCAGAGACCUGGAGGGUGUAUUAAAGCAGUAUAGUAAACAUGUGCAGCCGGCUUUUUAUUAUUACAUAGCACCUCUUAUGGCCCAUGCAGAUAUUAUUGUGCCGCGCGGAGGAGAAAACGAAGUGGCAAUAGAGUUAAUUGUACAGCAUGUUCAUACUCAACUUCAAUUGCGAGGUUUCAAAUUGAGGGAAAAACUGGCGCACUCGUACAUAGGUCAGCCAUUGCCUUCAUCUUUGUACUUACUUCCAGACACGCCGCAGAUAAAAGGUCUUCAUACAUUUAUACGAAAUAAGGAGACCUAUAGAGAUGAAUUUAUUUUUUACUCUAAACGCUUGAUUCGUCUAGUCAUUGAAUAUGCGUUAUCUUUGUUGCCUUUUGAGGAUGUGACUGUCGAAACACCACAAGGAGUAUUAUAUAGCGGUAAACGAGGUGCAACGGACAAAAUAUGCGGUGUGUCGAUAUUACGCGCCGGUGAGACUAUGGAGCAGGCUGUUCGAGACGUGUGUAAGGACAUACGCAUAGGAAAAAUUCUCAUCCAAACUAAUCAGCAGACUGGCGAGCCUGAAUUGUAUUACCUCCGAUUACCAAAGGACAUCAAAGAUUAUAGAGUAAUAUUGAUGGAUGCUACCGUUGCGACUGGUGCUGCUGCUAUUAUGGCGAUCAGGGUACUUCUGGAUCAUGAUGUUGCUGAAGAAAAUGUACUGUUGGCAUCAUUGUUGAUGGCCGAAUCUGGCGUACAUUCAAUUGCCUAUGCCUUUCCGCGAGUGAAGAUUGUCACCUCCGCGUUGGAUCCCGAGAUAAAUGAGAAGUUUUAUGUACUGCCUGGUAUCGGUAAUUUUGGCGAUAGGUAUUUUGGCACUGAACCAUCUGAUGAUUAAAGUGAUUUAUAGA